AUGUCCGCCGACACCCGACCAAUAUCGCCGGGCCGCUUCGCCACGGCCCUCAAGGACCUCUCCGUCCCCAUGCUGCACCUAAAGGUGCUCGAGAUUCGCAACUCCAUCGCCCACCUGCAAUACUCCAACGACCAGCUGAAGCCGUUCGCCGAGGGGUCGGCCACAGCCCUCGGCGACGAGGCCGCCCAGGGCCUGGACCAGGACUGCGUCGACGCCAUCAGGGAGAACGAGGUGGUGAUUGAGCGCAUGGCCGAGCGGAUAGCCCUUAUUCGGGCCGAGGUGGAGGAGCGAGGCGUGAGCUGGGCCGAGUUUCAGAGCAAGGACGAGGUAGAGGCGGCCGUGGACAAGGCGAAAUCAGAAGCGCAGGUGAAUGGCCACGGGCACGGGCACGGGCAAGGGCGCGGGACGCACUCGGCGUGGACCGAUGGCACAUUUCAGACUGGUACGAUACGGGAUGGACACAUCCAUAUGGAUAGUCAGCCUCGUCCAACAGCAGGGAGUGGGGACAAUUCAGGUGGGAGGUUGAACGAUGAGGAGCUGAGGCAAGCAAUCGAGGAGCGGCUGCGAGAUCUAGGUAAUGAUGGCGAUGGCGAUGGCGGUGGCGACGACGGUGGCAUGCACCUGUGA